AGAACAGACAUCCGAGUCCGGGACAGGUCGUGUGUGAUCCGGGCUCCAGCUGCUUCUGUAAUCUCUCCUCCUGCUCCUGCUCCUCCUGCUCCGCUGUCAGAGAUGGCCGGGACCGCGUCGCCCUCCGCGGUGCUGCUUCUGCUCGCAGCCGGCCUGUCGGCCGCCUCGGCCGGGCUGUUCUUCAGCCCCGAACAGCCCUGUUAUGUCCGCAAACCGAGGACAAGCGACUUCGGAGUGAGAACGGCACCCCUACCUCAUGAGUAUUUAAAUAUGUCUGAUCUGCCAAAGUCAUGGGACUGGAGGAACAUCAAUGGCACUAACUACGUCAGCACUACCCGCAAUCAGCACAUUCCCCAGUACUGCGGCUCCUGCUGGGCUCAUGGCAGCACCAGUGCUAUGGCAGAUCGCAUCAACAUUAAACGAAAAGGAGUCUGGCCUUCUGCCUACCUCUCCGUCCAGCAUGUGAUUGACUGUGGGGACGCCGGGACCUGCCACGGAGGGGACCACACUGGCGUUUUUGAGUAUGCCAACACACAUGGCAUCCCAGAUGAGACCUGCAACAACUAUCAGGCUAAAGACCAGAAGUGUAAGCCCUUUAAUGAAUGUGGGACCUGCACCACUUUUGGAGUCUGCAACAUUGUCAAGAACUACACUCUGUGGAAGGUGGGAGACUACGGAGCUGUCAGCGGGAGAGAGAAGAUGAUGGCAGAGAUUUAUGCUCGAGGCCCAAUCAGCUGUGGGAUUAUGGCCACAGACAAGCUGGAUGCGUACACAGGAGGAAUCUACUCUGAAUUCCAGGAUGAAGCAUUCAUCAACCACAUCAUUUCAGUGGCGGGAUGGGGAGUUGAGGAUGGCGUUGAAUACUGGGUUGUUCGUAACUCCUGGGGAGAGCCUUGGGGUGAGAAGGGCUGGCUCAGGAUUGUGACAAGCGCAUUCAAGGGAGGAAGUGGCAGCAAGUACAACCUGGCGGUGGAGGAGGACUGCAUGUAUGGAGACCCAAUUGUCACCAAAGGAUACCUUUAAAUGACUAAUUUCACUGUUAUUUCUUAAACAUUCAGGUUGGAGGAAACCUUUUUUUUAAUAUAUAUAUACAAACACAGUAUAU